AUGUUUCGGCGGAAUGUUGUUGAAUUUGAGUUUGUUUUAGAGCACUUUCCAAUACCCCAGGACCUUUUUAUGUGCAAGACACUGAGGAGUUUGAAGCUAUACUGGUAUGAGAACGACCUCAGUGUUGAGCCUCCUGAAUUAGGUUGUUUUCCAAAUCUGAAAGUUUUCCAUGCUAUAGUUGGUGCUUCUCAGGUGCCUUCAUUUGUAAAGUUAUUAUCUAGAUGCCCUGUGCUUGAAUUUUUGACUAUUGAAGGAAUUACGCAAUGCGGGGAUGAUCAGGUUAAUGAUAUUGAGGUUACUGGGGCUCAAAUGAAGACUCUGAAAAUUAGGUUUGAAAGUGAUCAACUUAAUGGUGAUACUAGUGGCGGUUUUAAAAUCAAUAUCAAUGCCCCAAAGCUUGAAAAUCUUUAUAUCAGAACUGAUGGCUCGGUAUCUUUCUCUUUUACGGGGAGUGUGAAGUCUUUGGUAAAUGUUAGUAUUGCUUUCGGAGAAUUUGAAGCAGAAAAACCACCGAUCUUUUGUGGCCUUCUGGAUGUUGUUUCUAGUGUUAAAUACCUAACUCUUUCGGCUAGUCGGUUUAAGGAUUGGCAUCUCCCAGCUUUUGGUAAUCUGAACCAAUUGGAGCUUGUACUUUGGGAUUGCAAUUACAUGGAAUUGCUAGCUCUGUUUCUGCACAGUGCACCUAAUCUCGAAGAUAUUAUCUUAGUGUGUAGCACCAAAUUUGAAGUAGAAGAUUCAGUGUUCCAAUGGAAUCCGCCAGAGGAAGUGCCUGUUUGUUUGUCAUCACACUUGAAGACUAUCUCUCCAUAA